AUGGAAGUGGCUCUGCAGCUCUGUGUGCUCGUGCUGCACUUGCAUGCGUCACUUGCAGUUUGGGAGCGCAUCACUGUUUUCAAAGGCAUGACACUCAACCUGUCCUGCCCAAUCAAAGAUCAGUUCAACAAUCAUUCCGUGGAGUGGAAGAACCCUGAUGGCGCGAAAGACGAACGCUACAGCCUCCGCAAGCUGUCCGAGUCCGAAUACAACAUUGCUAUUUCCAACGUUACGUUCAGUGAUGGAGGAGUUUACACCUGCUCACACUAUCUCCCUCACACUGUGGACAGGACCGUGGAAGUCACUGUGCUGGCCCGGCCCUGGAUUGAUGUAACGAGCCACGAGGGGUUGACUGUCAUCAAAUGCACAGCUGAAGGGACCCAUUCUCCUCCGCAGAUCUUCUGGCAGUUCAGGAAUGGGCCUAUGUUUCACUCUCAUCCCCAAGUCCGACAAAAAGACAAAAAAAAUGUCACGUCUGAGAUGUUGUUCUUGGAGCCACAGCGGAAGCCCUUCCUCGUCAAAUGCAUCGUCCGCCAUCCAGCUCUGCAAACCAAACUGAUGGACUUUGUCAGGAUCAGACCAAACAAAAAUGGCAACGAUACACAGAAAGGCAAUAAAGCAAAUGCAUCUCUUCUCGUCUUCCUGAUAACCUGUCUUAUGCUGGGACUUUUGGUGGUGGUGAUCUUCAUUGGCAUCAAACAGAGGAGAGCAUAUAUCGCGUGGAAACAGGUUCCUCCUUCACUCUCUGAAGCCGCACGGACACACCACCGUCCACUCCACACAUCCAUCUUCUGUAACGUAAACAUUAGUUACCAUCAUGGCAAAGUGGAAAUUAUUGCCAACGAUCAGGGCAACAGGACCACACCAAGUUAUGUGGCCUUCACAGACUCUGAGAGGCUGAUCGGUGACGCAGCUAAGAACCAGGUUGCUAUGAACCCAACUAACACAGUAUUUGAUGCUAAGCGUCUCAUUGGCCGCAGAUUCGAUGACACAGUAGUACAAGCUGACAUGAAACACUGGCCAUUUGAUGUGAUAAACGACAACACACGCCCCAAGGUGCAGGUCGAGUACAAGGGUGACACAAAGUGCUUCUACCCAGAGGAGAUCUCCUCUAUGGUGCUGACUAAGAUGAAGGAGAUCGCUGAAGCCUACCUCGGAAAAAAUGUCUCAAAUGCUGUAAUCACUGUACCUGCCUACUUCAACGACUCUCAACGUCAGGCAACAAAAGAUGCUGGCACAAUCUCUGGCCUUAAUGUCCUUCGUAUCAUCAAUGAGCCAACUGCUGCAGCUAUUGCCUAUGGCCUGGACAAGAAGGUGGGUGCUGAGAGGAACGUGCUCAUCUUUGACCUCGGUGGUGGCACUUUUGACGUGUCCAUCCUGACCAUUGAAGAUGGAAUCUUUGAGGUCAAAUCCACUGCUGGAGACACUCACCUUGGUGGGGAAGAUUUUGACAACCGCAUGGUCAACCACUUUAUCGCAGAGUUCAAGCGCAAGUAUAAGAAGGACAUCAGCGACAACAAGCGGGCAGUGCGUCGUUUGCGAACGGCCUGCGAGAGGGCAAAGCGCACCCUGUCUUCCAGCACCCAAGCUAGUAUUGAAAUCGACUCCCUCUACGAAGGAGUGGACUUCUACACCUCCAUCACCAGGGCCCGUUUUGAAGAGCUCAACGCUGACCUCUUCCGUGGAACCCUGGACCCAGUGGAGAAGUCUCUCCGUGAUGCUAAAAUGGACAAGGCGGCGAUCCAUGAUAUUGUGUUGGUCGGAGGCUCCACUCGUAUCCCCAAAAUUCAGAAACUACUCCAGGACUUUUUCAAUGGCAAAGAGCUCAACAAGAGCAUCAACCCAGAUGAAGCUGUGGCGUAUGGAGCAGCCGUCCAGGCUGCUAUCCUCUGCGGGGACAAGUCUGAGAAUGUCCAGGAUCUUCUGCUUCUGGAUGUCACUCCUCUCUCUCUGGGUAUUGAGACCGCUGGUGGCGUCAUGACUGUUCUGAUCAAGCGCAACACAACCAUUCCCACCAAGCAGACCCAGACAUUCACCACAUACUCUGACAACCAACCCGGAGUGCUCAUUCAGGUUUAUGAAGGUGAGCGUGCUAUGACCAAGGACAACAACUUGCUGGGCAAGUUUGAGCUGACGGGCAUCCCACCGGCUCCUCGUGGCGUUCCCCAGAUCGAAGUGACGUUUGACAUUGAUGCCAACGGCAUCAUGAACGUCUCUGCGGUGGACAAGAGCACUGGAAAGGAGAAUAAAAUCACUAUCACAAACGACAAAGGCCGGCUGAGCAAAGAAGACAUCGAGCGCAUGGUGCAGGAGGCUGAGAAAUACAAGGCAGAAGAUGAUGUACAGCGUGACAAGGUGUCUGCCAAGAAUGGACUGGAGUCAUACGCCUUCAACAUGAAGUCCACUGUGGAGGAUGAGAAGCUGGCUGGCAAGAUCAGUGAUGAAGACAAAACAAAGAUUCUGGAAAAGUGUAAUGAGGUUAUCAGCUGGCUGGACAAAAACCAGACUGCUGAGAGGGACGAAUAUGAACAUCAGCAGAAAGAGUUGGAGAAGGUGUGCAACCCAAUUAUCACAAAGUUGUACCAGAGUGCUGGUGGAAUGCCCGGAGGGAUGCCAGAGGGCAUGGCCGGAGGAUUCCCUGGAGCUGGUGGGGCUGCCCCUGGGGGUGGCUCCUCUGGACCAACCAUUGAGGAGGUCGACUAA